UGUAGGUGUAGAUGUUUAUGGCAGCGGUUUCCUCGUCGAGCGAAUUGUUCGUUGUAGGCGCAGCCACGUCAAGCCUUACUGCUGAGUCAGUCAUACGGGCGCAAAAACAAUGGCGACUGCUGCCACGGAGAACGUGACGUUCGUCAAGACCCUUUCCGGAUUCACGAAAGAGGUGAAUUGGCGACCGACCGAAUUCACAACCCCCAUUCCACGAAUCCGGUGCUGCAAUCUGUGUUCCGUGGUUCCCAGAGAAGCUCGGGUCCUACGGUGUUCGCACGUUUUCUGCAAGGCAUGUUACGAUCGUAUCGCCAACUCCGACUUUGUCUGCCCAUUGGAUGACAAGCACUUCAGCGAAAGUCAAGCGAAUGUCAUCGAGUUUUCCCAGCUGCAGUUGCUGACACGUGAGGUUCGUUGCUGGAACAGGGGCAACGGUUGCAUGUUCGUCGGCCACCUUUCGGAUGCACUGGCACAUUUUCACGAAGCGUGCGACUUUCACAUGGUGACUUGUGCCAAAUGUAACAGUUCCGUUGUUCAACGGGAGAUACUCGAGCACUACAAGCGUCGAUGUGCGGAAGAAAAUCCACGUAGAGCUAGGGUGUCUCAGCAAAGGAACCAAUCUGGCGAAUCUCCUGGACACACGACGCCAGCUUCUGGUCAUUCUACGCUAGAUAACGUUCUUCAGAUAGCCAGGAACAUCGAGGGGAUGAUAAAUCAACUCGCCGAUAAUCAGGCGUCCCUACAAGACAGUCUCAACAACUUCACAGUCAGUACCCGAGACGGUCUGCGAGAGGUGAGUUGCUCGAUAUUAAAUCAAACAUCUCAAAUCGGCCAAGUGUCUGAAAAGCAAGACGAAUUCAAUAGCAUGUCCAAGAACACCAUGACGAACAUCGAAGUUUCUUUGAAAGGAUUACCCGGAAUGCUUCAUCACCAAAAUCGUUUGAAGAAUGUAGCACCACAGACGUUCCACCUUUCGAGCGACAAAGUUUGUUGGCCCAUAGAAGACAUCAUGCGACACAUUCAGAAUGAAAGCCUACAGAAAAUCAUGGGCGAGCCUUUCAUGCUUGGUGGAUAUCGAGUACGUCUUACGCUCAAGUUUGACAGAAGCGAAUCCGACAUGGAAAUCUGCUUGUACUUCUCCUUGCGACCAGGCCCAAACGACGCCGAUCAGGAUUGGCCUUUCAUAAUACCGUUGAAAAUGUCUCUGGUUCCCCCGAAUGAGAAAAUAAAGGAGAAGAAGCGCCUGAUUGACCCCGUAAGUAGUCGGUACCCAGAAAUAUUCCGUCGGCCUACAGAAGACGUCGAUCAUGGUGAAGGGGGUUGCAUCGUCAAGAGAAGCGAAAUGGAGCCAUAUGUCAUCGAGGGUACCCUGCUGGUAUGUAUAGAGUUGAUACGUGACAGAGAUGUGCACAACGCUCUGUUUAUGGAGGCUGUGGUUGAGGCUGUCGCUGGUUUGUUGAGCUGAGCAAGCAUCGCACGUGUACCAUUUGGUUUAACGUGUAAUGCAACAAGGCAUUGCCGAUCCUUGGUCACUUGCGUUCCAGCCAGUGGAAGUGGUGUAGCGAUGUCGCAUAGCAACACCGAAGCCUAUAUAUAUUUUUUUUGUGAUGUGAUGUGAUGUGAUGUGAAUAAAGAAAAAAAUGGGGAUGUAAGUUUCGACGAAGUCAAACUGGCUACCCCAGUACACUUAAUACAGAAAGUUCAAUCUGAUGAUGAGAUGAUGAAAACGCAAAAGGAUGAUGUCCAGAGACGAACAGAGAUUAUAAUUGAGUUCAACAUGUAGGUCAAAAGUUCAAGAGCUGCGCCCAAGUUAGAGUAAAGUGGCGGAAUCACCGGGGGCACACACAGGACACAUCACACAUUCACAGUGUCAUAGGAUGUCCAUAAGCCCGGUUGCAUGCAAAAAGUCUUCAAGUGCCCUUAGCGUCUUGUCGGACGAAGGAGGACCUAAUAGUUUCGUGAUGUCGAAGGCUCGGGAGUCCAAACGAGAGAGGCUUGUCUCUAAUGCCCUUCGAGCAUCGACGUACUUCUGACAUCUGAGAAGGAUGUGUUCUACAUCCUCUACAACGCCACACUCACUAUUUUUUUUUUUCUCUAAAGUCUCUACUUUGAUUUCUUUAAUAAACAAUGAGCUGAUUGUUGCA